UGUGUAUGCCGCAUGCAAGGACCACCGCUCCCGCCUGAGCUGGCGCAGGACGGCGAUGUUGUCAUCGGAGGCAUUUUCUCGUUCCGCACAGGGCAGGAUUAUGUGGUUGAUACAUUUCAAAUGAUUCCAGAAGUGCGGUUAUGUAAAAAUAUCAAUUUCAGGGAGUUUAAAUUUGCUCAGGCAAUGAUUUUCGCCAUCAAUGAGAUCAACAAAAACCCAAACAUGCUACCUGGCAUCAAGUUGGGUUACAAGAUCUACGACGACUGCGGGACGAUGGACAUUCUGAGAGCCGCGAUGGCGUUGCUGAGUGGCCUUGAGGGAGAAGUCGGCGAUGAAAACUGCACCAAAACCGAGACGGUGCAAGCCAUCCUGGGACAUUCAGGAUCCACACCGACCAUCGCAUUUGCACCAGUUGUUGGGCGAUUCCAUGUUCCGGUGAUCAGCCAUUUUGCUACUUGUGCCUGUCUCAGCAACAGGAAAGAGUACCCGACCUUUUUCAGAACCAUUCCCAGUGACUACUACCAAAGCCAAGCACUAGCAGAGCUGGUCAAGUACUUGGGCUGGACCUGGAUCGGAGUCAUAGCCGUGCAGAAUGAGUACGGCCUCAACGGCAUCGCUGCCUUCACCCAGGCCGCCCAAGAACACGGCGUGUGCAUUGAGUAUUCGGAUGCCUUCUCCUCCUCUGGUCCACCGGCCGAUCUGCAGAGGAUAACAUCCAAAAUCCAAAGUGCUUCUUCUAAAGUGAUUUUGGCUUUUAUGUCUCACCGAGAAAUUAAGUUGCUGGCUAAGGAGCUGUACGAGCGGAAUGUUACAGGUGUGCAGUGCGUGGGCAGCGAAGCUUGGAUUACGGAUCACUCCCUGGCUGACAGCGAGGGGCACAGCGUCCUGGUGGGCUCGCUGGGCUUCACCGUCACCAGGGCUCGGAUCCCCGGGCUGGAGGAGCACCUUUCCAACCUCCGCCCCUCGUGGUUCCCUAACAGCCGCUUUGUGCACGACUUCUGGGAGGACGUUUUCGACUGCUCCCUGAACGCAACCGAGGCGGGACGACAGAAGCCCUGCAGCGGCCUGGAGAGCUUGCAAGACCUCCAAUUCACAGACUUGUCUGAGUUGAGGUUUACCAACAAUGUCUACAAGUCCGUUUAUUCAGUGGCCCACGCUCUUGAUGCCCUACUCAAGUGUGAAGAAGGGCAAGGGCCCUUUCAGGAUGGGAGUUGUGCCGAUCCGGCAGAAAUUCAGCCAUGGCAGGUCCUGGAGUAUCUCAGCAUGGUGAACUUUACUACCCCAGGAGGGGAGAGGGUAUAUUUUGACAGUAACGGCGACUCGCCAGCCAGAUACGAACUGGUCAAUUUGCAGAUGACAGACAAAGGCACCAUGGAAGCGGUGGCGGUCGGCAUUUAUGACGCUUCCAAGACGGGCGGCCAUCAGUUUGUCAUGAGUGACGUGCCAGUGGUGUGGGGAAACGGAGACUCCGAGGUGCCCGUGUCGGUGUGCAGUCAGAGCUGUCUUCCAGGAAGCCACAAGGUUCUCCAGAAAGGACGUCCAGUGUGUUGCUAUGACUGCAUCAUGUGUCCCGCAGGAGAAAUCAGUAACUCAACGGAUUCUAUCCACUGCAUGAAAUGUUUGCCAGAGUUCUGGUCCAAUGAGCACAGAGAUGCCUGCAUCCCAAAAGGAAUCGAGUUCUUGACCUAUGGAGAAAUUCUGGGAACUCUUCUAACCUUGUUUUCCUUGCUCGGAGUCUUUCUGACCACGUUGACGACAAUCGUCUUUUACUGCCACAAAGAAACGCCGCUGGUUCGCGCAAACAACUCCGAGUUGAGCUUCCUGCUUCUCUUCUCCUUGACGUUGUGCUUCCUGUGCUCGCUCACCUUCAUCGGUCGGCCCACCCGGUGGUCCUGCAUGCUGCGGCACACGGCCUUCGGUAUUACUUUUGUGCUUUGCAUCUCCUGCGUUCUGGGGAAGACCAUCCUGGUUUUGAUGGCUUUUAAAGCUUCCCUCCCUGGAAGUAAGCUCUUGAAGUGGUUCGGACCCACGCAGCAGAGACUUUGCGUGGUGAUGUUCACCCUCAUCCAGGUGGUCAUCUGCAUACUGUGGCUAACCAUUAAACCUCCUUUCCCGUUUAGGAAUAUGAUACUCUAUCCGGAUAGAAUCAUCCUGGAGUGUCAACUGGGCUCCGUUUUGGGUUUCUGGGCUGUUUUAGGAUACAUUGGCGUCCUGGCCAUUUUGUGCUUCGUCAUUGCUUUCUUAGCUCGAAAGCUUCCUGAUAAUUUCAACGAAGCUAAACUGAUCACUUUCAGUAUGUUGACAUUUUGUGCAGUUUGGAUCGCCUUCGUACCGGCUUAUAUCAGCUCUCCGGGAAAAUUUACUGUGGCUGUGGAGAUAUUUGCUAUCCAGGCCUCAAGUUAUGGAUUACUGUUUUUCAUUUUUAUACCUAAAUGCUUCAUCAUAUUGUUCAGGCCUGAGAAGAACACAAAGAGACACAUCAUGGGGAAGUCAAAUAAAUAA